UCGGGCAUUACGCGAAGAUCGGCGGAAAAUCGGAAGGCUAAGUUCUGGGGGUGUAGGGGCAAAUUUAGUGACUAUUUCCUUAUUUUGAGGACACGUUUGGCCGUAGGGAUAAGGCGAAUAGAUGACCCAGUGUUCGUGAUAAUCAGUCAUACGCCUAAAGAUGGCAAAGAACAUUUUUAAUCUGACACUGCCGCGAAUGGCGGUGGGUGCAGAAGAUACGCAAGAAUCAAAUGACAAGUCUCAGACAGCCAAUCUAGAUGCAUUGCAAAAGAAACUAGAGGAGUUAGAUAUAGAUGAACAGCAGAAGCAGCGUUUACAGACAUUUAUAACUCAAAAACGAAAAGUGGGGGAAUUGAAUUCAGAGGACUUUGAAAAACUGGGUGAAUUAGGUGCAGGCAAUGGAGGGGUUGUGACAAAAGUAUUGCACAAAACCUCCAAUCUUAUAAUGGCUAGAAAGCUCAUUCACUUAGAAAUCAAGCCUGCUGUCAGAAACCAGAUCAUCAGAGAACUAAAGGUGCUACAUGAAUGUAACUCUCCAUAUAUUGUGGGCUACUAUGGUGCAUUUUACAGUGAUGGUGAAAUAGGCAUUUGUAUGGAAUAUAUGAAUGGUGGCUCAUUAGAUUUAAUAUUAAAGAAAGCUGGUCGGAUUCCAGAGCCAAUUUUAGGAAUAAUGACGAGAGCUGUGUUAAGGGGCUUAGCGUACCUCCGAGAGAACCAUCAGAUUAUUCACAGAGAUGUGAAGCCUUCAAAUAUUUUAGUUAACUCAAGGGGAGAGAUCAAAAUCUGUGAUUUUGGAGUCAGCGGUCAGUUGAUAGAUUCCAUGGCAAAUUCCUUUGUAGGAACAAGAUCUUACAUGUCACCUGAGCGGUUACAGGGCAACCAUUAUACAAUACAGUCGGACAUCUGGAGUAUGGGCCUGUCCUUAGUAGAACUUGCCAUUGGGCGUUACCCAAUACCUCCACCUGAGGACAAAGACUUACAUGCCAUAUUUUCGGAUGAUGCUAUUGAAGAACACAUGACUGCAGCAAAAACUGGUAUGAAACUUAAAGGUCUCCCUGGACGGAUUGGUAGUGCAAAGUUUAAAUCAAGUUGCCCAGGAAAUUUCGAGAUUGUAAAUACAAGUGAUUGCCCGCAACCAAUGGCAAUCUUCGAACUCCUGGAGUAUAUAGUCAACGAGCCACCACCAAAAUUGCCGACAAAAGCAUUUUCCAAAGAAUUCCAAAAUUUCGUCAAUCUAUGUCUGGUUAAGAACCACAAGGAAAGGGCCGACCUUGGGACUUUGGUUGACCAUCCAUUCACAAUGAAAUAUGAUGAGAGUGAUGUUGAUAUCGGAUUGUGGGUCCGCAAACUGAUGAACAUAAAUGACGAGGCAUAGUUGGCAUGGCAUACAUGUAGUUAUGUGCAGCAGGAGCGCCCUCAAUUACAUCACACAGGAAUUACAACAGCAUUUUUUAGUCGUGAGGCAAUGGAAUUUAGAAGCGGAUGACAUUUGUGUCAGUAUUGUCAUUUGUCGCAUAUUAGUUAUGGGGCAGAUGAGUGCACUUUGUAAGUUGCUGUAAGAUGGAAUAGGAUCUCUCAUAUUGUUGGCAUUCAGUGAUGCAGGCAUCAACAUUUGCUGUUGCCUUUAUCUGACACCGUCACGAAAAGCCCUGUGGCUCUUGAUCUUGCAUGGUACUUCAGUCUGUGACAUUUGUCAUAACGUGGAUAACUUUAGAUACCAGUUGCCUUUGCCCAACACUGUUAUUCAAAAUGACGGUUGCUGUUAUAUGACACUGAUCUUUGUGAUAGCACUUGCCAUUACGUGAUCCUGGGUUAAGAACAUGUAGAAUGGCAGUAUCCAUCACAUGAUCCUCGAUUCAUUAGGAAGUUGCCAUUCAGCAACUCUGGUCUGUAAUGGUAGUAGCUGUCAAAAUACCAUCACACGAUCCUGGUCUUAUAAUGGCAGGAUUUGCCAGUACUUGAUCCUGGGUUCAUUAUAUCAUGAUUUGUCAGUGUAUAAUCCUGGGUUAUGAUAAAAAUAUAUACGCUCGCCGGUUAUAAUGAUGACGGUUGCCAUUGCUUGAACCAAGGUUUAUGAUGACACUUUUCACCUCGCACGCAUUCGUCAUCUGCAGCUGUAUCAUCCCUUCAAAUGAGAUAAUGUACAAGGAGGGCACCGUCCUUGCUCCAAGCUAUUUGCAUGAUGUAAUAGCUGUCUUAGUUGAUAAAAAAAUCAACAGAGCCAUGUCACUUGUGACAUCUGGUGAAAUUCCACUUGACAUCACCAGUGGUGUGUCUCUGUUGUUUUUCCAGGCACUAUCUGCUGUGACGUCAUGCGAGUCAUCUGAACCCAAAAUCUUGCAGGAUUUAUGAUACUUUGUUGGCUUACAAAUUAUCCACAUCCGCAGAAUGGAUGAUGCAAGUAAAAUACGUUAUUCGUUAAAUGGUAAAAAGUGUGUACUGAUUUAAUGGAGUGGCGUGGACUAUCAUGUGAACUGCACCGACUGUUGUCAUUUAUGUGCUUGCUUCUAAACGCUUAGUGACAAGUGCACCAUUGUUGGGUUCAGCUGGUGAUCUUGUAUGUUGAUGAGUCAUGCGGGAAGUUCACUUAUACUGUCGAACAAGACGUCCGCUAUAUUGACUGACACAUUCAUGGAUGUGAUGUGGCGUGAAUAAUCUUGUGAUUUUAGUAAAUGUGCUGUUUGUUUGUUAAGAAGAUGAAUGUUCACUCUGGUAUAUAUCUAGAGCUGUCUUCAUAUUAUGCUAAUUUUCAACCCAGUCUGAACUAAAUUUACUGCAUGUUACUGUCGCUGUACGAGUAGAUGAGAAUUUUUAUGAAUUCGUGUUGAAAACUAAAUCAGAAAGGUAAAAUUCCUGUUAGUGAUCAUCCUGACUCUCAUGCAUUUGCGUCGGCACUAUCAAGAUCCACUUGGGCGAGUGAUUUAGCGAUCUCAAAACAUUGCAGGUCAAAAUGGUUGGUGAUAUGCAGUUAGUUUAAUUCAGUGUUGGUGAAAUGCAUGUUACUAAUAAGCUGACUUUGAACCGGAACAUAUUCAUGGCUUGUUAUUUUCACUGAUUUGGGAAUUUUUCGUCAGAAAUGUUAUUUUGAUGUGUCUUAUUUUGGCCGAUUUGAAGCCAAGGCAGUUUAUUUUCGCAGAUAGAGGGUGUCAGGAAAUCAGAGAGAGUAGCAAGCUGGCGAAAAUUUCCUGGUUCACAGUAUGAUAUGACUUGUUAACUUGUAGCGUUGGUUUUGUGAUAAGUAUGGCUGUUGGACCUACCUCAGUAAAUGGGUUCAAAAAUGCAGGGAUUGGUCUGUGCCUAUAUACUCCAAUUCACGAAAAAAAUGGCACCCUGUUUUUUGGUGAUCUGGUGAAUGACAUCUUUGAAUAGAUAUUUCAACUGAAACUUCACUGUCUGAAGUAUAUAAAAAUACUUACUUUGCCAGCAUUGGACAAGCCUUUUGAAGUGACAUUUUUGGCUUGUUAUGCAUGCAGUGCCAUGUUUUCGUGAAAUGGAGUACAGACUGGAUAUUGUAAUGCGGACAUCGCUGAUGGGAACUUUAAACUAAAUUGUGAAUAUCAGGUUUGAGUUGCUUCAUUUAAACUCGGUCUGAACCAUUGUUAGAAAACAGCCGACAGACAAUUUCUGGACAUGUUUACAAUUGAUAUCUAAGAUUGUUCGGUUUUAAAAUUUUUGAUGAUUGUUUGAACAGAAGCCUGAAACUGAUGUCAACAAUCAAGGGUCCGUUUAUUAGCAGGCAAUAACCGACAAGAUCAUGUUCGAACAUGCACUUUCAAUAAUGCAAUAUUAAAAUGCAUAUGGAUAUGUUUGAUGAUGUUCAUAAGUGGGUCAUACGUAGCUUACAGGUAAAUUAUCCUAUGAAAUUUAUUUUUGAAAAGCAAAUUUUUCAUUUAUUAUUGUAGAAUCUUUCUUGAUGAGCAUCAUAUUACCUCAUUGUGUCGUUUUCUUCUGUGCUGGUAUCAAUGUCGUGUCUGUACGUCCUAACAGAAUAAACGGGAAAAUGGCGGUACGAAUUCACAAAAAUGGCACUUUCUUCUUGUUUUGGGUAAACGAAAACAGAUAACUACAUGCUGUGUUUUUCCGAUCAUGCAGGUCCAACAUGGUUGUCUUCAGUCGGGGAACCUCUUCCACCUCGUUUCCUCUUCAUAUUCUGAAGAUGGCACUCAUUUGGAUGCAUGGAAUAUGCUGGGGAAUGUAACACCGGUAUAUUCCAGGGCCUGGUUUCUCAGUCGGCAUUAGCAGUAAAGUUGGUGUGAAAUCCCAACAAACACUUCUUCUAUUUCAAUUGUAAUUUACUAAAGGAGGUACUGUUUCUGGCAUUUAUCUCCAAUUGAGCAAUUUGACCCGGUUCCGUACACAUGUAGUUUGCCUGGAAAAAAUGGUUUGUUUAUCAUAAAAUUCAGACAAUUAAAUGAAUUUAUGCAUGUAUGAAGUGUAUUCACCCUGGAAACUCAGUGUCUCCUUUCCCUGCAGACAGUCCCAAUCUAGGUGGAGAUGACAAUCUCAUAUGUGCUGGAAAUGGAAAACCAACGAGGAUCGGGAAAAGUUUUGAAAGGGACCUUAAAAUUGUGUCUCUCUUGAAAUCUAAAUAGAUGCAUUUGGUAGCUUGUUCACUUCUUCAUACUGUUUUCAAAAUAAUUAAGAUUAUUGGAUGAUUUCAGCUAGGACUUGUGACGUGGCAUCAGAAUUGUCAUCCUUUUCCCAUUGUGUGAUGCAGGAUGCAGGAUUACUGAUUAGCUGGGGUGGUAUUAAUCAUGUUCAUAGUAUAUUCCAAUGUAUUCUCAAUAACCAUUUAUUUGGUUUCGACUUCACUUGUAGUGUUCAAUGCUCUAUCACGUUUUAGUUGUUUCAUAUUUGAUAAAUGUCACUGCACUCUUUAUGAUAAUUUCUUUCACUUAGACUUUGUACAGGUAGAGUAGAGAACUUUUUUGAAUGCCUCUUUAUAAUUGAAGCUUUUGUAUCCCAGAAAUCCAUAAAAAUCUAUAAAUCCCCGAAGAAUAUUGGAUAUAUGAAUUUGCUGCCCAAACAGUAUCAUUCAGUAUCAUUCAAAUCAUGUUCUCAGCAAGUUUGACCCAAAAUUUUCGAUUGCUGGCCUUGCACUUUCAUUAAAAAAAAUUAAAACCCGGUCUUUUGAAUAUAUUUGAAAUUGGUAUUCAGUAUGUAUAUAUACUCUAGAUUUUGUAAACAAUGCUGUUGUGUACGAACAGAUUUGCUUGAAUAGUAGGUGCACUAUGGCAAGUUUUAUUCUAUUUACUUGUGCCACAAUAAUAUACAAUGAACACGAAACACCUAGGCCUAUUCAUUUUUGUGAGUCGAAAAAUUGGGGCUUUAAAUUGGAGGCCCUUUAGUACUUGGUACAUCCCUAUUUCUUAAGUACAGGGUGUGUCAAAAAAUGCCAGCCUACUUUUCCACGUCAUAAAAAAUUCAGGGUGUUGUAGCUAGGUUUACUAAACACGAGAUCGGGGUAUGUAAUCGUUUACUCAAGUAAGUAACAUGGUGCCCAUUGACCCUUUAGAAAUCCUCUAUAUGGUUGGAAAAAUAGUCGCUGUAUUUUGAUACUCCCUGUACACUGGUUGUUGUGUCUGUGCAUUGUCAUGUUAUUCUGCUGUGAUAUACUGGUGUAAUAUGAUGUGAUACUAUAGAUAUAUUUCUCUACACUUCACGCAUGGGUAUAACUUGUUGUCAAGUUCAAAGAUGUCCUCCGUGUCACUGACUGAAUGCAUGUCAAAGGGACAAGUAAGGACAUGAGAUUGAUUGAGACCGGGGAUAAUACCCUAAGUCGCCGACAUUUGUAGCCACCGGUAGCACUACUUUACCAUUCACUUCGCUGAUCGCUAAUAAAUUACUUUAGGUAAUGUUGUCCCGAUGGUUUUGGUAAUAGCAUGCAUUCAUAUGCUGGCCCAUCGUGUUAUAUUCUGUUCUAGUGUACUGUUUCGUAUGGUGUAAAAAUCUUUGGGGCCUACUGGGGAUCAUGGUCCUGCUGGUGGCAGUUUUCAUAUGAAAACCCAACAUAUCUCAACCCCUUCUUUCCCUUUAAAAAUAUCAUCAAAUCUUUCACAAUGGUGUGAUUGGGGAAUCUAAAUCAUGAAUUGUGGAAUUAUUAGAAAAUAAGGAAAAGUGAAGUAUAGAAUCAUGUGUCUUCAGGUAGUUUCUUCUGGCCAUCCAUAGGUUACUGCUGUCUUUUAUGAAUUGUCGGUCCUCAUGUACAGCCCUCCUAAAGUAAAAAUGAUAGUUUCUCCUCUGAAUGUAGGAAAUCCAGCUCAAAUAAUAAGACGGCAAGUCAAUCUUCCUCAUGGGAGUUCAGAGAUCACAAUUGGUCCAGAACCCUAAAGUGUAUCAUUGAAAGGCCUGGUUUUCACUUUAUAGAACUCUGCCUUUUUUGUCCCUCUUAUCCUAGUAUACUGUAAAUAAAUGUUAUGUUGACAUACAUAGUGCUUAUUCAUUCACAUAAGUCGUACUUCCACCUAUCAAAUCCCCGUGUCUUUUGCGCUUACACCUAUGAAUUGCCAUGUCUAAAUAGACCCGUGUGUCAAAUCCCUGUGUCUAUUCGCCCCAUUGAGCUCGAUGGGGCUAAUCGGGGGCUAAUUUAGACCCGUGUUCAACACGGGUUUUUUGAUAGGUGGAAUCUGAAUAGACGCGGCAAUUGCAAGUUCUAAGAUCCGGCGACAGAUGGCGCGGUGUAGUUGCCUCGGUAUUGCGCAUGCGAAAUUCCCCUCCAACGGGAAAGAAACACAGGAGAGCUCCCUACCUACAGCGCACCUGUCGCCGGGGCUAUUAACCAUUAUCUAACACCACUGAUAGGUGUAAGUGCUUCCCGGGUUUUUUGACACACGGCGAAGACACGGGUCUUGAAAAAACACGGGGUUUUAUGAUAGGUGGAACUACGACUAUAGACUUGUCACACAUACCAUUAUCAUCUUAAAUGGAUUUUUAGAAGAUAUCAUAAAAACUGAUAGAUGUUCUAAUAAAUCUUUUGAUGAUGUGGGGUGUAAACCAGCUGUAAUGUCUCAUAGGUACAUUAAACCUUUUGCGUAUCAAUACAAGGUGGAACCAGUAACUGUAACACGCUUGGUGGCAAUGUGAGCAUUUCAUCUUUUGUUCGUCCACUAGUGAUGAUGUGUUUUGUUCUUUAAAAAGCAACCGAAAGAUGUAACGUCAUUUUGACAUUGUGGGUUGACAAAUAUAAGAAUGUAAUUCUACCUAAGGUGACAUUUCUCUCAUUGUUUCUAGGUUAAACAUUAGAGUAUUUGAGUAUUUGGCGACUCUGCCAAAAAAGGGUCAAAUGCUAUAAGCUCCACCGACUGGGUAUAUCAGCUUGCGGGUUCCUUAUCAACAACUGAUUGUAAAUAACCUUCUACUUUUCAUGUACAUGUACAGUCUUGAGCUGUUCGCGUGACAAGGUGGCCUCAUUCAUCAAUAAGUUCUCCGGUAGAUUUCAGUUGUGUCCUGGCUAGUAAAAGAGUAUAGUUUCAAUAACGUAGCGUUAAAUGUGUUGUACUCAUCAAAUCUCUCACCAACAUUAUUUGUAGGAAGUCUUAUUUGAAUGGUUUUGAAUGGCAAAAAUGUAUUUCGAAAAAAUGAACCCGGUAACGAAAUAACUUCCAACAAUGUGGCCCGUAACUUCCUCUACUUCAGUCCUAUUGGUUUCUAUUUUACAUUUUUUUAUUCAAAGUCCUGUCAUGGGUUAAAAUAUCUCAUUGCCAUUCAUAGCCUCCAUCAUCACUAUUGGAAUUUGUGUUCGAUGGGAUAACCACAUCAUGCGAUUUGUUUGCUGAAAUUGAAUUCUCUCAUCUGAGAAGUAUCCUUUGAUGUCUACACAAUAGACCUGAACCAUUGUAUUUGUGUACAUGUACUGGUGUACUAUUAAUCAAGGCCUAAUCAGUCACCCUAAUUGUGUCCUAAUGAUAUAUUGGAGUAGGCCUUAUAACUUUUUCAGCUACUGGCACAUUUGUAUUUGAGCAGAUAAGCGAUUUUCCUAAUGUUAUUGUUACAGAUCAGAGCUGUGUUAGGAAUUUAUUUCUUCUUUAUACAAAUAGUGUUGGUUGAUAUAAGAGUUAUCAUACAGAUCAUUUUGUAAUAGCUGUAAUAUUUGUUUUAUGUAAAAAAAACCAUUGUGAAUACUACAGUUCUAGUGUAUUGAUAUAUUGGAAUAUAGGCCUGUGUUGCAGAAAUAUAUUACUAGUUUUCUGCGUUCCUGCCUGUCUCUAUGUAAGAAUGUGUAAGUAAAGUGUCCAAGUUCUCACUUCUUCUUCUUUGAAUUCGAAAUACAAAUUCUUCACUUUACACACAACUCCGUAAGGGAGUUCCUGUCAUUAUAGUUCCAUUUCGAAACAAUCUAAGGCAAAUGUCAAGCCAGCAUUUUGGAAAUUUAAAGUGUCCCUGUGUAGAGAAGGUACAUGUCUGGAAAAUGUGCACCCUUUUGGUCUUAAAUGAAGCUUUCUAUAGGUUCUUCUUACUGUUCUUAUUGUAAUGUUCAUUGACGUAGAAGUUUAUGGUGUAACACAUUUUGUAGGUUUUAUCGGACUGAGUGCUUGAGUUCUGUCACUUGUAAAUCUUAGUAAACAAAAACCCACAAACGUGUGUAUGAAACAGUGCAUCAUGAUAUAAAAUAUUAGUACAGCUUGGACUUUGUAAAUAAUCAUGACUGUGAAAUGAUACCAUAAUGGAAUAUGUAUACAUGUUAGAUACAUUUUCACCACUAGAAAA